GCCCACAACACAUCUCAAGGACUAAAACCACGUACCAUUUCUUGAAAAACAAUUUAUAUUCUCACCCACAUCAACAUAUAUAAAAUACCAGAUAAACACUGCAAGAAAAGUCCAGAAUCUUUCAGAAAAAACCCAAAAAACACAACACACACUCACUUUCAGAUUUCCAUCUCCUUCUCAUAAAAAUCCUUGGAUAAAACCAAAACCAACCUAUAACCACAAAUCCAAGAAUCUUGAAAAAAUAUAUAUAUUUAUUUAUAAAAAAGACCAUCAUCACUUUGUCUGUCUAGAAAUCAAGACAUAUAUAUAUAUAGAAACAUGUUGCAUCUAUUUUUUGCAGUGGCUUUUUCAGCAGUACCGUUGACUUUAUAUGUACCACCCAUAAGAAGCUUGAAUAUGUUUGUACAAACGAUGGAAGAUCUAUGGAGAGAAUCUAGUGGUUAUACACAUAGAGUUUAUCCACGUGUACGGUAUGCCUUUCGUAGGUUAUUGGACUGUAUGUUGUGUUACACCACUAAUUAGAUUUGUAAUACCUAUACAAAUUUAUACAUAGUCCCACAAAUUAGUGUAUUUGUACAUAUUUAUCUUGUGUUUUUUUCUGUUUUUGUUUUGGUGAUAGUUUUGCGGGAUUGUGUGAUGUUUGAGGCAGAUCUUUAAUAAAAAAGUUUUCUUUUUCUUUUUA